AUGGCUGCCUCUGAUCUCAAGAGUGUCAAGCUGACGCCGGCCAACCAUCAAAUCUGUGAACAAUUGCCUCGUGGCCUUGAUGAAUUGUGGAAGCCAAUCAGGGAUCACCUUGUCUACUCGCCCAAAGAGGUCUCCCUCGAUGAUGCUAUUGGCGCACUGGAAGCUCAUGAGCAAAAGCAAAACCAAGACUUGGCUGCUAUAACUGUGGCCGAAGAGGCCAUCAUUCUUCUGAAAAGUUUUGGCUAG